GCCACCGGCCGCUGUUGAAUAAACAUUUAUAAAAAUUACAAAAAAAAUCUACAAAAAACGUGUUUAUUAAAUUUAAAAUAAUAGCAAAAAUAAAAAACAAUCUAUAAUUGUUAAUAAAUUCCGGCUAUUAAUAAUAAUAAACAAUUUAAAAAUAAUAAUUGUUUUAAAAUAAAAAAAAAAGCUACAAGUGUCAAAAAUUCAUUUUUUGUUUUUUUGGAGUAAUUUUUUUUUGGAGUAAAAAAAAAAGGGAAUAUAUUCUAAAUAUGUGAUCAGUAAAAUAAUUAAUUAAGUGAUGAUAAUAAUUAGAAUAAAAAAAUUUAAAAAAAAAAAAAAACCAAAAAAGUUUUUAUAAUUAAUUUCUUUUUUAAAUUUUUUUUUUGUGUAAUAAAACGAAAACACAUUCUCUACGGUGUAGGUGAAUUUUAAAACCAAGCCGUUGAGGCUCUUGGCUCUCUCACCUUGGCUCAUUUUAUUAUUAUUUAAAAAAUUUUUUUUUUACCACUUAACACUGAGGAAUAAUAACAUUUUUAAAUGUGUUAAUUAAAAAAUAUUAUUUAUUUAUUAUAAUAGUUUUUUUUUAAUUUAUAUAAAAAGUGUAUUGUUAUUAUUACGUGUUAUUAGUGUUUAAUUAACAAUAUUUAAAACAUAAUGCUGAGUGUUUAAAAGUUUGAGUGUUUAUUUGUAAAUUAAUAUGAAAAAAUUCAUUUGGAAUAUGUGAAUGAUAAAUAUAUUUAACCAAUAUAUAUAAUCAGUGAUUGUUUUAAAUAAAUUUAAUAUUUAUUUAUUUAUUUUUAAAUUGUUAUUAAAAUAAUCAAAAAUUAUUACGAAAUAUUUUGAGAUAUUGUUGUUUUCCCAAACGAUUAAAGUGAGGACGCUGGGCGUAUCGGCGACGAAAUGAAGCAUGCAGCAUGCGUGGUAGCGGUGUCACGGCUGCGCGGUCCUGCCUUCAACCCCUGGUGUCCGCCAGUCGCUACCUCGCCGUUCACGCCCUUCCUGGUGAUCCCCUCUACUUUAUCGUCGAGGCCAAAUCAAAAGUAAAGGACGUCUACGAGGAAACAUGCGAAAUUCUGCGACAGCAGCGCAUGCAGGAUUGCGAAUUGUUUGGUUUGGCAAUACUAUCGGAUGGCGAGUAUCUCUUCGUAGAGUCCGAAAGCAAACUCAGUAAAUACGCUCCCAAAAAUUGGCGGAGUUCACACACUUAUGGUCUUGAUAGCAGUGGAAGACCAGCAUUUGUACUUCAUUUUCGUGUUCGUUAUUACAUUGAAACACCUGGUUUGUUGAGAGAUGAAACAAGCCGACACCACUAUUAUUUGCAAUUGCGUGACAAUGUCGUCCGGCAUGGUGGAGGAGUUGAGAGUCUCAAACCCCAGCAUCAUCCCUUACACGCGGAGGGAAUUAUCACCCCUUUAUUCAAUCUCGCUGGUCUCGCAUUGCAAGCUGAUUUCGGUGAUUAUGCCGAAGAUCGUCAUCGUCCCCAUCAUGCUGGUUCCAUCAGUGGUUACUGCAAACCAUCGGAUUACCUUCCUCCGCACAUGUGUGUUGAAUCAAAUGUCUUGUCAAUCCUGGCAGCCCAACAUCGUGAUAAUCGUGGUCUCUCAAGGGAAGAGGCCGAAUUGCAAUAUAUACGAGAGACGUUGCUCUUGGAAGCGCCGAUUAACGCACAUCUCUAUCGUCUCAGACGUUCAAAAAAUGAAAAUGGUCCUGGACGUGUUUUAUUGGCAAUAUGUUCAAAAGGUGUACGAGUUUAUACUGAAGAAGAUCUUCGUGUAUUUACUUGGAAUAAUAUUGGCAAAAUAUCAUUUGAUAAAAAAAAAUUUGAAAUACGAGCUGUUGGACAAACAGAUAAACUUACAUUAUAUGGUGGAUGUGAUGAAAAAAGUAAAUUAUUACUUACACUAUGUAAGGAAACACAUCAAUUUUCAAUGACAAUUGCUGAUCGUGUUAAUGAAGCUAAAAAAAUUGAAGAAGAUGAUCGUAAAGUAUUACGUGAAUGUUAUAUGUAUCCAGCAAGAUGUAAAUUAAAUAUGACAACACGUGGUUCACGUGCUGAUCAAAGAAUAUCAGUUAUAUCAACAACAUCAUCAAAUACAACAUCUGGUAUUGUUAGUGAUCGUGUUCAUAGUGAAGAUGAACCUGAUACAGCACCAGCAUCAACUGAAUGUUUAGCACGUUUAACUGAAACAUCAUUAAAAUUAAAUUCACGUUCAACAUCACCAUUAUCAACACAUGAUGAUAUUGAUGGUAUUAAUUUAUCAACAAGACUGACCUCAACAACAAAUACAAUACAAACAACAUCAAUAACAUCAACAGCAUUGUCAUUGUCAUCAUCAACAGCGAUAACAACAACUACAACUACUACAGCAACAAUAUCAACAACUACAGCAACAUCAACAUCUACAACAGUAAUACCAGCAACAACAACAACAACAACUUUAACAACACCAUCAACAAUAAUACAUGGAACAAAUGCUGAGGGUUCACAGUGCAGUAGUAGUUGUAGUACUGUUGUUGUUAAUAAUCCACAUAUUAGUAGUAGUAGUAAUAGUAGUAAUAGUAAUAAAAAUAGUAAUAAUAAUAAUAAUAAUAAUACAUCACAUCGUCGUCGACGUACAUCAGCAUCAUCAAGUCUUGAACUUGGUUAUUCUCAUACUGCACAAAAUUCAAUUGUAUCAAAUGAAAUACCAACAUUUCCUGGUGCAAUAUAUGAUAGAUGUAAAAAAACAGAUAAAUAUAAUGAGGAUAAUAAUAUAACAAUUGAUGAUCAAAUGAAUGCUGUUGAAUUAUCAAGUGAUACAAGUGGUAUUUAUACAUUACGUAGUUCAGCAAUACAAGAUGAUACAUCAACUGAAUUAUACUCACCAGAUAAUACAAUUGAAAGUUCAAUUAGAUCAACAACUGAUGAAGCAUCAGUAACAUCUGGUUUUUAUACAAUACACAGUGGUCUUAGAUCAGAAACAAGUGAUGUUUAUACUGAUGAUGCAAGUCAAGAUCAUGAAGAACCAAUAUAUAGUGUUUGUAAAGGUGAUGAAGAUGAUAAUAGAAGAAAUUCACAUUUAUUAAGACGUUUAAGUCAUUUAGAUGAUCAACGUUCACGUAGUAAUAGUGUAUUAAGUACAAAUAGUUUUCGUGGUGAUGGUACUGAUGUACGUCCAUCAGGUAUUGGCUCACGUUUAACUGCUGAAGAACUUGCUGAUUUAAUUGUUGGACGUUAUCCACCUAAAAAAACAAUAAGUACAUCAAUGGAUUCUGAUUGUGAUUAUGUUAGAAUGCCACCACCAUUACCACCAGGAUUAACACCAUCACAAUUACAAUUACAAUUACAACAACAAAAAUUAGCAUUAGCAUUACCACCACCUCCACCACCAAGAAUUGAUUCAAAUGAACGUAAAUUACCACCACCACCACCAUAUCCAUCAACAAUGAAUUAUUCAAUGAUUGAAGCAACAAGAUUAAUUAAUAAAAAUCAUUCAGACAAUAGGCUAGCUGAACGUGAACCACCACCACCACCUCCUUAUAAUGCACCACGUGCUGAUUUUAUACCAUUACCACCAAGGCGAAAUGAACAGCUACAACAACAACAACAACAACAGCAACAGCAGCAGCAACAACAACAACAGCCACCACCACCAUUACCACCACCACCACCAUAUUUAUCACCACGUGAAAUGAUACAAAUACCACCACCAACACCACCAAGAAAUGAUGCAAUAACACCACGUGAACCACCACCACCACCACCGCCAUAUCCAAAUUUAACAGCUGAUAAAAGAAAAGCAUUAAAUAAUCUAUAUCCAGAAACAAAAAUAAAUCAUAUAAAAACAAAUACAAUUGAACAUGCACCAAAACCACCACCACGUAUACAACCACCAACAUAUCCUGGUGAUAAAAUGAAACCAACACCAGUACAUGCACCAGUUGCUGCACUUGUUGUUGGACCAAAUAAUUAUCUUGAUGUACAUGCAUCAAAAGGUACAACAAUUGUAACAUCAUCAUCAUCAGCAGCAUCAUUAUCAUCAACAUCAUCAAUUGCACCAAUAUUACAAACAACAUCAUCAUUAUCAUCAUCAUCAUCAUCAUUAUCAUCAUCACUACUUUCACCUCCACCACCACCACCACCUCUACCACCUUUACCAUCAUCAAAUUUAACAACUGUUUAUACAAGUCAAAUUGCACGUUCACAAAUUGAACAAUAUCGUCAACAAUUAUAUUCAGAUGUUGAUUUUGUUAUGUUUCCAAUAAAAGAUCCUGCAUUAUCAAAACAAGAUUACAUUGAUGCCAAACAAGGUACAUUAUUAUCUGGUAUGGCUGCUGCUGCUAAUGCUGCAGCUGCUACAAAACCACCACCACCAUAUCCAUCAUUUAGAAAUAAUAUUAAUAAAUCAUCACUUAUGUAUUUAUCAUCACCACAUUUAAAUACAUCAUUAAAAACAACAACAACACCAACAACAACAACAGCAUUAACAUCAUCAAAUUAUACAACAAGUAAUCUCAAUUUAAGUGAUACAAGUCUUAAUAAUUAUCAAAUAAAUAAUAGUAAUUCAAGUAAUAGUAAUUAUGCAAUAAGUACAAGUUCAUUGUACAGUGGUGGAACAUGUUCAUCAUCAAUAAGUAGUCAUAGUUUAAGAAGACAACCACCAGCAAUACCAUUACAUUCAUCAUCAACAUCAUAUAGAUAUCAAAGUUUUUCACGUACAAAAAGUAAUGAUGAUAUUCUCAAAUGUUUUGAUGCACCAGUUGGUAGUAAAUUACAAUGUUUACCACAACCAACACACGCUAGAAGAUUACCACCACCACCACCUCCACCUCAAUAUGAAAUACAGAGUCUUGAAAAAAAUCAUCCACUUCCUUCAAUUUCUGGAUCUGUUGCUUCAUCUUCAUCAAUGAAGUUUAAUAAUAACAGUAAUAACAAUGUAGAAAAUAUUGAACGUGAUAAAGGAAUGUUGGAUAUACGUACAUUACGUGAAAAAAGUAAAAAUUUAGACUUACCAUUAAUAUCAGCACUUUGUAAUGAUCAUCAUUUAUUAAAACAAACAAAAGCAUUUGUUAUGCCAAAACAUCCAAGUGAUGAUUUAUGUACUGGUACAUCAAGAAAUACAAAUACAACAAGUUCUAAUAAUAUUAGUACAAGUAGUAAAAAUAAAUAUCCAGUUAGUGGUUUAUCAACAACUCAAAUAUCUAAAACAACAAUUAAUAAAAAAUCAUUAAAUAUAUCACAUAGACAUCCAUCAGAAAUUGUUAAAUCAAAUGCGUACAAAGUUAAUCCUCCCGCCACUAGAAUAACAGCAAAAAAAGAUCUGACAAGAGCAUCACAUUCGUAAAAUUUAUAUUUCAAUUAUUUUGUUUAUAUUAAAAUUAUUAUUAAUGCUAUUAUUGUUAUUAUUACUAUUACUAUUAGAAGGUUUUUUUUUUUAUUGACGGGCCGUGCUUGAUUGUAAACUCAGGGUGCCAUUGAUGAAUCUUCAUUAUCAUUCCGCAAAAUAAAAAUUAAAUAGAUGUUUUUUUUUGUCUUUGAGUCUUUGAUAUUAAAAAUAUCAAUAUUCAAUUUUUUUUUUUUUUAUUAUUUAAAAUUAAUUAUGUCAUCAAAUGAACGAACAAAAAUAAUUAAUUAAAUAAUAGUUGUAUUAAAAUAUUUAUAAAUUAAUAAAUAAAAUUUAAAAAACACUGACAAACGCUGUCAAAAAAAAACUUUGCUCAAGUAUUGUCAAAUACUAAAUAAGAUUGUUUUAGAUUAAAAAAUUUAGAGGAAAUUGAAUAAAUAAAAAAAGACAAUAAGUAAAUUAAGAAAGAAAAAAAAAAUGUAAUUUAAGGAUUAUUAAAUAAUAAUGACAAGUGUUAUUUGUAAGAAUAAAAUUAAUUAUCGAAUUUUUUUUUUAAAGAAAUGAUAAAUUAGAUGUAAUAAUAAAUUCUUACUUUGGUAUCACAUGUAUUUUUAUACUUGAAAUAAGAAAAUAGAUUAUAUAAAAUAAUUUUUAUGUUC